AUCUUGUCCGCGCGACCUUUACUGACAUGGCCCCGCCAGACCACGACGCCAAAAACGGGUUCGAGGCGGAAAGAGUUUCGGCGUCGAAUCCCCAGUUCGUCCCUUGGGGGUCUUUGUUCGUCAAUAAGGAAGGUGGAGAGGAACAAGCAGUUAAGCAUGACGCUUUUCAUACGCUAGUGCUGUCCGGGGCUGCCAACGAGACGGGUGUGGCUAUGGAGGCCGCGGCCGACGAUACUGAAGUCGUACUCAUAUCUGGAGAGCCACUAGACCAAGAAGUGUUUCAGUAUGGCCCAUUUGGUGAGUCCCCUCCGCUCAGAGCAUGGACUAGAUUGCUAAAUCUCUGCCCAGUCAUGACCACGCGCCAGGAGAUCCAGCAAACCCUUCGAGACU